CAACAUGAAAAGGACCCAUCAGAGACUAAAGUCCCCUGGACCUGAACCUGAACCUGGACCUGAACCCAGCUGUGUGUCCUUGAAGAGUAAUCGGUCUAAAGGCGGUUUUAUUGACUUCAGGGAUGGACGACGUUCUUCUGAAGAGGACCAGGAGAGCUCAGAGGGCCCCAGAGGUCCGUCUGCCCAGCAGCAUCAAACACACCUGGACUCCAUAUUUAUGCUGCUGGAGGAGAACAUCCUCACGUUUGUGAAGAACGAGCUGAAGAAGAUCCAGAAGGCUGUGAGUUCAGAUUACCCAGAAUGCUUUGACAGUCAGAGGGAGGAUGAGGAGGGGUUGGACGGUGAGGAUGAAGAGCAGAGGAGGAGCAGCAGAGGAGCAUUUCUGAAGAUCUCACUGCACUUCCUGAGGAGGAUGAAGCAGGAGGAGCUGGCUGACCUUCUGCAGAACAGACUUCUUGCUGCAGUUUGUCAGCGUAAACUCAAAUGUAACCUGAAGAAGAAGUUCCAGUGUGUGUUUGAGGGCAUCUCUAAAGCAGGAAACCCAACCCUCCUGAACCAGAUCUACACAGAGCUCUACAUCACAGAGGGAGGGACUGCAGAGGUCAAUGGGGAGCACGAGGUCAGACAGAUUGAAACAGCAUCCAGGAAACCACACAGACCAGAAACCCCCAUCGGACAAGAAGACCUCUUCAAAGCCUCGUCUGGAGGAGAGGAACCAAUCAGAACAGUGAUGACAAAGGGAGUGGCUGGCGUUGGGAAAACAGUCCUAACACAGAAGUUCACUCUGGACUGGGCUGAAGACAAAGCCAACCAGGACAUCCAGUUCACGUUUCCAUUCACGUUCAGAGAGCUGAAUGUGCUGAAAGAGAAGAAGUUCAGCUUGGUGGAACUCGUUCAUCACUUCUUCACUGAAACCAGAGAAGCAGCAAUCUGCAGGUUUGAAGAGUUCCCGGUUGUGUUCAUCUUUGAUGGUCUGGAUGAGUGUCGACUUCCUCUGGACUUCCACAACAAUGAGGUCCUGACUGAUGUCACAGAGUCCACCUCAGUGGAUGUGCUGCUCACAAACCUCUUCAGGGGGAACCUGCUUCCCUCUGCUCGCCUCUGGAUAACCACACGACCUGCAGCAGCCAAUCAGAUCCCUCCUGACUGUGUUGGCUUGGUGACAGAGGUCAGAGGGUUCACUGACCCACAGAAGGAGGACUACUUCGGGAAGAGGUUCAGAGAUGAGGAGCAGGCCAGCAGGAUCAUCUCCCACAUCAAGACCUCCCGAAGCCUCCACAUCAUGUGCCACAUCCCAGUCUUCUGCUGGAUCACUGCUACAGUUCUGGAGGACGUGUUGAAGACCACAGAGGGAGGAGAGCUGCCCAAGACCCUGACCGAGAUGUACAUCCACUUCCUGGUGGUUCAGUCCAAAGUAAAGAAGGUCAAGUAUGAUGGAGGAGCGGAGAUGGAUCCACACUGGAGUCCAGAGAGCAGGAAGAUGACAAAGUCUCUGGGAAAACUGGCUUUUGAUCAGCUGCAGAAAGGGAACCUGAUCUUCUAUGAAUCCGACCUCACAGAGUGUGGCAUCGAUAUCCGAGCAGCCUCAGUGUACUCAGGAGUGUUCACACAGAUCUUCAGAGAGGAGAGAGGACUGUACCAGGACCAGGUGUUCUGCUUCGUCCAUCUGAGUGUUCAGGAGUUUCUGGCUGCUCUUCAUGUCCAUCUGACCUUCAUCAACUCUGGUGUCAACCUGCUGGCAGAAGAACAAACAACCUCCCUUUGGUCUAAAGUCUUUAGAUACAAACCUGAACCAAUAUAUCUCUACCAGAGUGCUGUGGACAAGGCCUCACAGAGUCGAAAUGGACACCUGGACUUGUUCCUCCGCUUCCUCCUGGGUCUUUCCCUGCAGAGCAAUCAGAUUCUCUUACGAGGUCUGCUGCCACAGACAGGAAGUAGCUCACGGACCAAUCAGGAAACAGUCCAGUACAUCAAGAAGAAGAUCAGUGAGAAUGAUUCUCCAGAGAAAAGCAUCAAUCUGUUCCACUGUCUGAAUGAACUGAAUGAUGGUUCUCUGGUGGAGGAGAUCCAACAGUCCCUGAGAUCAGGACGUCUCUCCAUCGAUAAACUGUCUCCUGCUCAGUGGUCAGCUCUGGUCUUCAUCUUACUGUCAUCAGGAAAAGAUCUGGAGGUGUUUGACCUGAAGGAAUACUCUGCUUCAGAGGAGGCUCUUCUGAGGCUGCUGCCGGUGGUCAAAGCCUCCAACAAAGCUCAUCUCUCAGACUGUCAGAUCUCAGAUGAAGGCUGUUCUUCUCUGGGAUCAGCUCUGAAGUCAAACCCCUCCAGUCUGAGAAAACUGGAUCUGAGUAGAAACAAGCUGCAGGAUUCAGGAGUGAAGCUGCUGAGUGGUUUUCUGGAGAGUCCACAUUGUAGUCUGGAGACUCUGAGUCUGUCAUGGUGUCAGAUCUCAGUUGAAGGCUGUUCUUCUCUGGGAUCAGCUCUGAAGUCAAACCCCUCCAGUCUGAGAAAACUGGAUCUGAGAGGAAACAAGCUGCAGGAUUCAGGAGUGAAGCUGCUGAGUGGUUUUCUGGAGAGUCCACAUUGUAGUCUGGAGACUCUGAGUCUGUCAUGGUGUCAGAUCUCAGUUGAAGGCUGUUCUUCUCUGGGAUCAGCUCUGAAGUCAAACCCCUCCAGUCUGAGAAAACUGGAUCUGAGUGAAAACCAGCUGCAGGAUUCAGGAGUGAAGCUGCUGAGUGGUUUUCUGGAGAGUCCACAUUGUAGUCUGGAGACUCUGAGUCUGUCAUGGUGUCAGAUCUCAGUUGAAGGCUGUUCUUCUCUGGGAUCAGCUCUGAAGUCAAACCCCUCCAGUCUGAGAAAACUGGAUCUGAGUGGAAACCAGCUGCAGGAUUCAGGAGUGAAGCUGCUGAGUGGUUUUCUGGAGAGUCCACAUUGUAGUCUGGAGACUCUGAGAUGGAAGUGAUCAGCUGAGUGCUGAUGAUCCAUCUGGAGACGGACUCCACCUGGAUUUGAUUUAGUCGACCACACAGCAGAAGACUUUUAAAAGACCAGAAGAAGAAGAUGUCCAAGACACAACAACAUGUGUGUGUGUGUCAACUUUAUGAUCCAACAGACAAGUUUUUAUUUUCUGCAGAAAUAAUAAUCAAAUAUUAAUUUACAAUACCGAUUUAUAAAGCUCAUUAUAAUAUGAUAUUUUAGUAAUUAUGAGAAAAAUUUAAAGUAAUAAAUACAGUGAGAGACUGUUCCAAUAGAGUGCUAUGAUCUCUGUGGUUGACCUUUGCUCUGCAUCCUUCCAGGAGAUAAUCAUCCUGAAAGUGCUUUUCUUUUCUAGGCGAACCUGAAAAUUCAAUUUUUGCUGUGUUUGAUCUUUAUUUACUCUUAACCAGUAACAAAUAUACCAUUAAAGCUGCAAGCAGCGAUGGGUCCUCGUUCCGCCUUCACGUCGGGGGUGCUGGCCGGUCGCCGGCUCAAGCGUCCCAGCAUACACAUAUUCCCGGGCAGCAGAACAAGGAAGUGUCUAUAUACUUACUGGUCUCUGCAGUAUCGAUUACCCAUCUCUGGAACAGAUAUUCUAUUUCUUAUAUUGAGAGUUCUAUGAUUAAGGUGUUUUUACGCUGCAGACCGCAUAACGGGAGCAGCUGACUUGGUGGUAGAGUCUCUAUAUAGUGUGUGCACUCUAGAAUAUAAUCUAUGUGUGAUGUAUGUAUUUGAUAUACUCUGUACUACAAUGCCAUUCUUUUUUAAGUCUUGUACUGAUGUGUACUAUUGAGAGGUCACUGUUGUAUCCUUGAUUGUCUUAAGCUGUAUGAGCAGGUGUUGCCAACUGAGUCCGGAGUUUCUGUGAAAAUUGAUAUCAAACAAUUCAAGUCAUAAAUUAAGGAGCUUCUCCCAAAGAUUAAGAAAGGGGGAGAUAUGGGUCCCUGAGGAUAAGGUCACUGCAGCCUGGGAAGGAGGAGGAUGGGGCCCAGCUUAUCCCCCGGACGGUCAAAAGUUAAAGGAGAGGUCUUCGUUUUGGUUUUCUAAACCGAUACAGCCCGUCAGAUAUUGAUUUUUCAAAUCUCCGCACUUUGUGGCGAACACUUUACGCAUUAGCUAGAAUUUCACUUAUUUGUUAAUCCUUUUUCACUCUUGUGUUAAAUAAAUAAAUACAUACUGCAUUGCAGUUUAAUUAAUGAA